AUGGAGAGGCCAAAUAUGGAGAGGCGUAGUUUUCCGGAGGUGAAGAUACCUGAGCUGUUUGUGAAGCUGGAAGAUCGUGUGGAUAGCUCCGGAGCAUCGGCACCGGAUCCAACCACAGUCGGUGGUGCCUCGACAUCAAUGCCUGUGGUAGCAGCGGUAGUUCUACCUCCCGAGCCCGAACGUGCUGGGGCUGUUCAUGCAAGUGUGUCUCAUUGUGUGCCUAAGGUUGAGUUUGAGGUCGGACCGGAUCGAGUUGAGAAUGCGCUGUGUGAUGAUGAUUCCGAUGAGGAGCCGGUCGAUAUUGGUGGGGACAGUGAUGAUGAUAUACCAAGAGGUACACGUACAGCCCAUGGAGGUGCCGGUUCUGGAACACAAGAGUACCCUCCGCACCUGUCGUCUUUGAACUUGGAAGCCAUCGGCCAACACCAGAAUGUAGAGGCAACAUUCGAUGGGCAGGGUAUGCAUGAUGGGACAGGUUUGACUGAAUUUCAGAUUGGCCAAUCGUUCCAAAGUAAGGAGGAAGCUGUGCUGAGCGUAAAAGAUUACAGCAUUCGGCGUGGAGUUGAGUACAGGGUUAUGGAGUCAGACAAUCUAAAAUACCAAGGGAGAUGCAAGGAGUUCGGUAACGGGUGCACGUGGUUGAUUCGGAUAGUCAUGCGGAAAAGGAAGAGCACAUGGGAAGUUAGGAGGUACAACGGACCACACACGUGUAUAGCCACAUCGAUAUCGAACGACCACAAGCAGCUUGAUUAUCAUGUGAUCUGUGCGAGAAUCUUUCCAUUGGUUAGAGCUGCUGCAUCGGUGUCGAUUAAGGUGUUGCAAGAGGCAACAGAGGCAACAUAUGGUUUCAAGCCUAGUUAUCGGAAGGUGUGGUUGGCAAAGCAGAAGGCAGUAGCACAGAUCUACGACGGCUGUGACCGUAAAAAGACGAUAAAUGACAGUUCAUGUGGUGCGGUUUUAUGGACAACUGUUGUAGUAAAUCAGCUGGGAGUUGAUGACCUAUUGGAAUACAGGCCUGAAAACAUAAUGGACAAAUAA